AUGGGUAACCAAGUAGAUGGCACAGGGAAGAAGGAGGUGGAACCAGCUGCCCUGGAGGAAGCGACUUCCCCCUGCACCCUCCCUCUUCCCAUUCCCAGAGCUCUCCCACCAGGCUUGGACACCGCUUCUGCUUUCCUGGACCCUCUGGAAUUUGUGAAUGUGCACCUGGAGUCGUGGGUCUCCAAAGGAUUGUUUGAUGUGAGGCCUAAACUAUUGGACUACUUUUCGGAUAUGCACGCUUAUAUUACAAUUGAAACUGCUUUAAAUGACACUGUCCUGUACAUUCACGGAUGGAAAGCUUUUAGGACUUUUGCAAUGUUUGUGAUUGUGUCACUAGCUCGCCAUCUCAGCAUCAAACUAAAUCGAGCCAGAGCCUGGGCUAGAGGCCUGCAAAGUCCUGUGUGGUGGACCCAGAGGUACUUCAUUUAAGGAGGAUGGCUGUCCAGAACCCGUUGUUCAGAUGUCCUUUGCCAUGACGUCAACCUUGGAACAGCCUUCCCUGUGGAAAAGUCGGCUUGGCCAUGAUGCCAAGUUCCAGAUCUGUUUGUGCCAGGACAGGAGGCCAGGGGGAUUUUUACCAGUGUUCUUAACUAUUGUUGUUUUCAUUACUGUGAUGUGCAAGUUUUAAGUGGGGUUUUAAUGGUUUUAUAAUAAAUAAAAGU